UGUUGUUUAUGAAAAUUAAGAUUGUGCAAGAAGAGUAUGGUUGGUUUUAUCCUGCCUGUCGUAAGUGUUUCAAGAAGGUCAUAGCUAAAAGUGAAUACUUACAGAAUGUUGAAAAUGUUUCGGAUGAUAUUCUUCAAAUGCCUGCGACUUCUUUGGUUUCUCCCAAAUCUCGUAGUGAAUGUACAUCCAUCACCACAAAGUUCAAGGUGCAAGUCUGGGUGCAAGAUGAGAGUGGUAGUGUUUCUCUUGUUACGUUUGAUAGAGAUGUCCAGAAGAUUCUUGGAUUAGCGGCGGGUGAUAUAAGAGAAAGGCAGGUGAAGGCGAAUGAUACUGAAUCUUUCCCGCAUGAGAUAUUUCGAUUGGUUGAUAAGAAGGUCACUUUUAAGAUUGUUGUUUCAGAAUUUAAUCUUAAAAAUGACUAUCCUGUUUAUACUGUCCAAAAAAACAUGUGAUGAUCCAGUAAAAUUGCUGAGUUGGUUGGUGGAGAUGAUAACGGUGAUGAAAAUGCU